CGCAGUAGUUCGAGUUCGGUCGUCCGGUGGGAGACUUGGUUGUUGAAUGAUUUGAAGAUGGCUGAGGAGUUUGACGAUGUCGAGUUCCUUGCCGCAGAGUCAGCCUUCCAGCAAGCCUCCGGGGAAGCACAUGCCAGAAAUUCGGCAAGCAAUGCUCCCUCAACAUCAACCGUUGUUCAGCCGAAACCUCAAGCUCUACCAUCGAGACAAGGACCUUCGGCAAUCCUGGUCUCUACCCGUCAAAAAGGCAACCCAAUCUUAAACCAUGUCAAGUCACUACCGUGGGAAUAUUCUGACAUCCCUUGCGACUAUGUUUUGGGUGCCACCACAUGUGCACUCUUUUUAUCCCUCAAGUACCAUCGACUACAUCCAGAGUAUGUAUACAGUCGUAUUCGCCAGCUGGGGAAGCUUUAUAAUCUCCGUAUCUUGCUUACGAUGGUUGACAUCACCAACCACGAAGAAGCUCUGAAAGAACUGUCCAAAACUUCCAUGAUCAACAACCUGACCCUGGUCCUCUGUUGGUCAUCCCAGGAGGCUGGUCGGUACCUUGAGCUUUUCAAGUCCUAUGAGCAUGCGUCUGCCUCCUCAAUACGAGCUCACCAGGCUGAAACCUACAAGGAAAGCUUGACAGAGUUUGUUACAACCCCACGCACUAUUAACAAGACCGAUGCAGCAAGCUUAAUUUCCAAUUUUGGAUCGCUUCGGGCGGCAGUUAAUGCCCAGCCAGAAGAACUAGCAUUGGUGCCCGGCUGGGGUGAGAAGAAGAUUAGAGCAUGGACAACUACGGUUCGAGAGCCAUUCCGGGUGCGAAGGGCAGCCAAGUCUAGUGCUGCGUUGCUUAGGCAGGAGUCUUCUCUUUUCUCAAGUGCCGAUGGUACACCUCGUGGCCAAGAACCACACUUUCCUUCUAUCUCCGCUGGCACUACCCCGACAUUGAGCAAUCAGAACUCUGUCAGUGGGCCGCCGCAAGACGUUGAUGCUCUCACGAGUCGAAAACGUUCUCGUCUAGAGCAGAUGGAAAACGAUGAAAUCGAGGCCGACGAUGAAGCUGCCCUAAUGGCUCUUGCAGAAGCACAGUCAGAACUCACAGAUGCCGAAAAGCCAGAGAUUGUCAAAGCUGUCUCGCGGAAUGAGCCAGAACUGAGCGAUGGUGUCGCUGCAGCAUUGGCUAAAUUACGCCAGAAUACGUAGUCGAGAAAUGGGGACUCAUGGCCACCAGGAUCUUCGUGAUGAAGCCCAUAUACGUUUUCGUCUGAGCCACAAGGCGAAACCAACCUUCGCGUACUUUCGGCUCUGACUUCUCCCAUGGCAAGCUAGAUCUCGCUCCAGCCAGAGCGCACAUACCUGUGUGUCCCACUCGAGCGCCAUCGAUCCUGACUGGGAUUGGGUUGGGACUGGAUAUGAAGUUGGCCUCAGAUCUCGAUGAGGAUCGCCAAACAGGAGGCGUGGUUAAUUCGGACUUCGUCUACCGCUUUCCGAACGGCCCACCACUGGGCAUAGGACCCUGCACUUCACCACAUUGUGGUGGCAUUAUCCUCACGCUGCAUGCAAAAUAUACCGUGGAUCGCCGCCACGAUGAACUGUCGCAAAAGGCAAAUGAUUAUCAUUCCCGUCACUCGCUCGAUGCGAACAGUUGGCAUUGCUGGUCUCAGUAGCCGCGUCCUAUUCCGAGACAGGGAAUCAAUGAUACUUGGCACUGAGUAACCAUGCGCAAGAGACGUCGCUGCGAUAUAGCCGCAUUCUCAUUCGGUAUGGGUAAUGAUGCAAUACCAUGCGGUCGAUCGAUUAGCGAGGUUACCUUUGAAGUGAUCAUGCCACCCAUGAUACUCGGAAGGUUGUAGAUAGGAAAUCCAGCACACCACUUUUGAGAAGACCACUGGUUGUUGACGACUGCCCACUUCAGCAAUUGGACAGCAGGUAUGGCUUGGGCAGACAAUAUCCGGGUUGGGGUGAAUAAUCCGACUGUUCGGUCGAUGGUCAAGGCGAAUUUUCUCCUGCAUCACAGAUAAGGCUGAACGUAUCCGGCUGAACGUCUCCGGGUGGCGGUCAUAUUCGUGCGGCCCGGCCCCCGACCCCAACCUUUCAGCAGGUCUCGAUCGUUCUUCAUGCUGUCUCCGACUUCUAAUCUGGGAUAAGAGCGGCAUUGACUCGAUGCCCAUUUAUGCAGUCUACCUUCCCCACCAAGAAAGAGACAUUUAAUCAGAACGUGGCAUCAAUGGCUAAGACGUGUACGUAUCCAGCAUUUCUGUAUUUUUCUGUCAAUUCGGACUUAAUCCAGGAUUCUACAACCAGCAAACGGUUGGGAACUGAGGCGAUGGAGCCUUGGUAUUCCACGAUGCAGGACACUGGUUUGACGCACAAUCGCUUGUCAAGCUCAACCAAAGUGGCAACUGAAAAUGAAGAUGCAAACACAUCUCACUCAUUGGUUGCUGCAGGUGACGACUCGGCGAGCACGGUUCGACAAAAGAGUGCCGAUGGACUGGAUCCUUGAAGAUGAUCUCUGAUCCAUGACCAACUGGUACAGAUGAUGAUCUAUCCCCACUUUCUUUCACGGCAAAUGAAUGGGAAACCGAGUGAAUCAGGAAGUCGUAAGAGCUAGGGGCUGGUCUUAGCAUACACAAAAAACCAUCGGUUGUUGUGUCAGACAUGAGUAAUAGCCUAAGGGUAAGUAGUAGUACCCAGGGUGGAUACAACAAAAAUUGCCACCGGACCUCCAGAUACCCUUGUUAAGCGCCUUUCUAUUUGAGGUUGUAUCAGCGCAUAAUGGCCCCCGUUCAAAGAAAGAAACGAG